AUGGAACAAAAUGGAAGCCGGGAGGGAUCGCAGGGUAGUAGAGAGUGGACCGUAGUUGACGCCAUCGUAACAAAACAGGCCAUGGUUAAAAAAAGAAAUAUAGCAAUGGCAUGGAUCGACUACCAGAAGGCGUUUGACUCCGUCCCCCAUUCAGGGUUAGUAAAAACAUUAGAAAUAUAUAAAAUUAAUACAGAAGUAAUAUACUUCCUACGGCAAACCAUGGAUAGAUGGAGAACGCAACUAGCGGUGAACCUGAAUGGUGUUUCAUACCUUACUGACACCUUAAAAAUCCGGAGAGUCAUUUUCCAGGGGGAUAGCCUGGGCCCAAUAUGGUUUUGCUUGGCACUUAACCCACUUAGCUCUAUGCUAAAGACUGGAAACUACGGGUACCAGAUAACGAAAAACCCAAGUGUUCGACUAACGCACUUGUUCUACGUAGACAACUUGAAGCUCUACGCUACAAAUAGGGACCAACUACACAGCCUGCUAGAACUAGUGUCAUGUUUUAGCGAGGAUAUUAAAAUGAAAUUUGGUAUCAGUAAGUGCGCAUACGUGAACGUGAUAAAAGGAAAAAUCAUAGAAUCCGAAGGCAUCGACUUGAGGGGAGGACAACACAUCGCAGGACUCGAACUAGGUGCAAAGUACAAAUAUCUUGGUGUGCAACAUUCCGCUAUUAUAGACCACACUGAAAUGAAAAAGGCCGUCGAAUCAUCUUUUCUCCAACGCGUGACCAAAAUACUUAAAACGGAAUUAUACUCUGGGGCAAAAGUCACGGCAAUUAAUUCUUGGGCAAUACCAACUAUAUCCCACACAUUUGGUAUAUUGAAAUGGAGCAAAACAAACCUGGAAAGCAUUGACAGGAAAUCGUACAACACCACCAACCGCAGAGACUACUUUCUCCGUACCGAUCAGCCAUUGCAUCGAGCGCUAAUACAGGUUGACGACGGAUACUCACAGCUUAAACUUGCAGAUAAGAAUUCCCCACCAAUCCCAGUUACAAUCAGCCAAUUCGAGGAAGAAUGGAAAGCGAAACCAUUAGAUGGACGGUAUGCAGCCAACCUCAGAGGAGGUGAGGUCGAUAAGAAGCUUUCAACGUCUUAUCUUUCUGAUGGCCAGCUAAUGUUCGAAACUGAAGGAUUCAUAAACGGACAGGUAAUACCUACGAGAAACCGGAGAAAAUUCAUCCUAAAAGAGGACUUACCAUCUGAUAAGUGUCGACUAUGCCAGACAACUACUGAAUCUAUUCAACGCCUAACUGCUGGUUGCACAUAUCUUGCCCCGAGGGACUACCUAAACAGGCACAACCAAGUUGCAGGCGUAAUACAUCAGGAACUCUGUGUACAAACGGGGCUCCUUACUGCAAAAGUCCCAUACUACAAAUACCAGCCUCAGACGGUACUAGAAAACGAAUCGUGGAAGAUCCUAUGGGACCUAGCUAUAACAACGGAUAGGACGGUGAGUUACAAUCGACCAGACAUCUUAGUUUUUGAUAAGAAGCAAAGAAAGGCGCAAGUAAUAGAUAUACAAAUUCCAGCAGACGAAAAUGUAGGAAAAUCAAGAAUGGAGAAAGUCCUGAAAUAUCAAGAACUGGCGGAUGAGAUAAAGAGAAUGUAUCAGUUGGAAAAGGUGGAAAUAUAUCCUAUAAUAAUAUCGUGUAAUGGGUUAGUAGAUAAGUACUUACCUCGAAAUCUUAAGGCUAUCGGCAUACGCAACCCGAAGCAAAUUGUAGCAAUCUCACAAAAAGCUGUCAUUCUGGCAACCUGUCACACCGUGAGACGUAUACUGGCAACAGAUGGUCGCGUGUGUCUAUAA